AAGGACAAAAGCAAGUAUCCAACACUGACUAGAAUGUCCUACUGUCAGUGCCGUCUUCGGCUGGUAUUUUCGAGUAUUUUCAAAGAGUUUGGCUGGUCACACGUGGCACUAAUUCUAGACAGAUCUGACUUGUUCUCCCUGACAGUUGGUAAAAAUUUGGAAUACGGAUUACGCAAGGAGGGCCUACUCAAGUUCGUCAGGGAACUUGACGGCAACUCGGACGAAGAACCUUACCACUUGUACUUGAGAGAUGCUAGCAUGUAUGCGAGAGUCGUCAUUCUAACCGUCCGGGGAACUUUGGUCAGAAGAUUCAUGCUAGCAGCACAUAAUCUCGGAAUGACAAAGGGCGACUGGGUUUUCCUUGAUGUUGAAAUAUUCCAGGGUUCGUACUGGGGUGAUCACGACUGGGAAGUCGGCGACAAGGAUGAUUCUGUCGCCAGGACGGCCUACGAAGCACUCCUGAGGGUCUCGCUUCUCCAACCAACGAGUCCCAGGUUCCAAGACUUCGCUGACAAUGUCAGACAACGGGCUCAGACCGACUACAACUACACGUUUUCCGAGGGAGAAGAGGUUAACUUCUUCAUCGGGGCCUUCUAUGACGGCGUUUACCUCCUCGGAAUGGCUCUGAACGAGACUCUGGCCGAGGGUGGCGACAUUCGAGAUGGCAUCGCGAUCACCAGACGGAUGUGGGAUCGCGAUUUUCUCGGAAUCACUGGGCACGUAAGGAUCGACGACAACGGCGACAGGGACGCGGACUACAGUAUCCUGGAUUUAGACCCCAUUAACGGAAGGUUUGAAGUGGUCGCUCAUUACUUGGGUCUGAAUCGAGAGUACAGCCCGGUGUCAGGAAAGAGGAUCCACUGGCCUGGAGGCAGGGAAGGACCCCCUGCCGAUGUCCCGGAAUGUGGUUUCCUGGGUAAUGAUCCAAUAUGUUCGAGCAGAACGGAAGCGUACACUUUCGUCGCCUACUCGAGUAUAGCCUUGACCGUAUUCCUGGUGGCCAUAGCGUCGGCAUCCUGUGUUCUCUAUAGACAUCUCCGGUUAUCAGCCGACUUGCACAAUAUGUCUUGGCGUAUCAGACCCGAAGAGCUUCUUCUCGAGGUUGGGAAGCCUUUUUCUUCGAAGAUGAACCUUCAUCAGGCAAUGUCCGAUAUUAACAAUUACGGGCUUGAAAAAAUGCGACGUGGCUCCGCCAUGAGCUGUGGGUCUCUACCCCCUUCGACGGUCUUCACUACGAUUGGUAUUUACAAGGGUGAACGUGUCGCCAUCAAGAAAAUUACCAAGAAGAAGGUGGUCGACGUUACGAAUAAGCUUUUGUGGGAAAUUAAGCAAGUCAGGGAUGUCACUUCGGAAAAUACGGUCAGGUUCAUCGGUGCCUGUCUCUGUUCUCCUUCGCCAACAGUCUUGAUCCUGACCGAGUAUUGUCCGAGGGGUUCGCUGAAGGACGUUUUGGAAAACGAGGCGAUUCAAUUGGACUGGAAUUUUCGAAUGUCACUGAUCCACGAUAUCGUCAAGGGAAUGGCCUAUCUUCACGCGAGCGAGGUAUCUGCCCACGGAAAGCUCCGAUCGUGCAAUUGCCUAAUAGACGGUCGUUUCGUUCUCAAGAUUUCCGACUUCGGCCUCAAGACGCUGACCACCCCCUGGGAUCUCGUCAUGGAUGAUAAUUACUACACGAAACUGCUCUGGAUUGCCCCAGAGCUUGUUCCUCUUACGGUGACCCCUGGCAGUGCGGCGACCCAGAAGGGUGAUGUUUAUAGCUUCGCCGUAAUCCUCGAGGAAAUAGUCGUCCGCGGAGGACCUUAUGAGGUGGCGAGGACCUACAUGACACCACAGGAGAUCGUGAACCGAGUAUCCACACCGGAAGACCCACCCUUCAGGCCGGAAGUAACCCCGCGGGAUUGCCCCGCUGACAUUUUACUUUUGAUGGAAAAAUGCUGGACCGAAAUACCGGAGGAACGUCCUACGUUUCACACGAUUCGCGGGACGAUUAGAGGGAUUAUGAAAGGCUACUGUGAAAAUUUAAUGGACGAUCUGUUGAGACGCAUGGAGCAGUACGCGAACAAUCUCGAGGCUUUGGUCGAAGAGAAGACUGAACAACUCAGUCUGGAGAAACGGCGAAGUGAGGAACUGUUGUACCAAGUUCUUCCAAGGCAAGUGGCUGGACAGCUGAUGACGGGAGAGUUGGUGCAGCCAGAACAAUUCGAGUGUGUGACGAUAUACUUCAGUGACAUAGUCGGGUUCACGGCACUCUGCGCUCAGAGCACACCCAUGGAAGUGGUCGAUUUCCUGAACGAUCUCUACAGCACGUUUGACCGUAUAAUCGGUUUCUACGACGUUUACAAGGUCGAAACAAUCGGGGACGCUUACAUGGUCGUGUCGGGACUUCCUGAGCGGAACGGAGACGAGCAUGCGAGAGAGAUCGGGUUGAUGGCACUGGCGAUUCUGGACGCGGUGAAGUCCUUCACGAUUCUUCACAAGCCUGAAGAGCAGCUGAGUGUGAGGAUCGGAGCACAUAGUGGUCCAGUUUGCGCUGGUGUAGUUGGUCAGAAGAUGCCGCAUUACUGCCUCUUCGGUGACACGGUGAACACAGCCUCGAGGAUGGAGUCUUCGGGACUGCCUCUGCGAAUCCACGUCUCCGAGGCGACGAAGAAAAUUUUGGACAAGUACGGAACAUUCGACCUUGAGCUUCGCGGCGAGGUUGAGCUUAAGGGUAAAGGUCGCGUAACUUCCUACUGGCUACAGGGGUGUUCCGAACCCGAUCCUAGGCCACCGACACCGAAGCAUCGACGGUACAGCAGCAGCCCGUUGGAGAACAACACUGCUCUAAAUCCCUUGAUAUUCCCACCAAACAAUAACGUUGGACCAAGGACGAACAACAACACCUUCAUCAAUUUAUCCGAGCUGUAACGAUCGAGUGACUUAAGGACGACGAUCCUAAACGAUGGUUGGCCGGAAAGUUCGCACAGUUGAGGAGUUUGAGAGUAGAUCGACUUCGGCUUGGCAUUGAUAUUAUGUGUUAUGGGUGUACUUCGGUUACAAUUUUAGUUCUCCAAGUUUUGCUGUUAUCAAGAUAUUAUCACGGAGAAAAUGGUAGUGAUCGCUAUAAUAGUGAUAAUUCGGGCGAGAGUUGUUAAAUCAGCCCAAUUAAUAUCGCGCGCGAUUGACGGUAUUUUAGACCCCAUUUAUCUGUAAGCUCCAGCAAAGGCUCCGGCUUUGUAUCUGUCGUGACCAAAUUUGUCAAAUAUCUAUAUACCGAUACUUGUUACUUGAGUGUCGGCGUUUUAAAGCCAAUUAUUUAUUACUAGAUAAUCUUCUUGUGUCUUGAAAAGAUCUGUAUAGAAGAAAGAUUUUACUUCCAUGAUAACCAAGACAAAGGAAGAAAGAAAUUGCUUAUCGUGCAAAUUAUACACGAUGACUAGGUGGUGGAUUUACAUG